AUGACUUAUGAAGUUACCACACUUCCUCACUCUAUCCUCCCUCGUUAUCCCCCCUUAUUUCCCCCAACCGCUCCCCUCUCUCUUCCCUGCCCUUUCCCCUCCGCGCGUUCGCACAGUCGUUUCCUGCAGGGCGAGGAGACGGACAAGGCGGAGAUUGCGAAGCUGCGCGCGGCAGUGGCGGCGGGGGAGAGCUGGUGCGGGCGGCUGCUCAACUACAAGAAGGACGGCUCGCCCUUCUGGAACCUUCUCACCGUGUCGCCCGUUAAGGACGACAACGGGACGGUCGUUAAGUUUAUCGGCAUGCAAGUGGAGGUGACAAAAUACACGGAGGGCGCAAAGGACAAGGAGACCCGCCCCAACGCGCUGCCCGUCUCGCUUAUUAAAUAUGACGCGCGCCAGAGGGAGGAAGCGGAGAGCACAGUGUCUGAGCUGGUGGCGGAGGUGGGGAACAAGUCGCUGCAGGCGGAAGGGGGGGAGGCGGAGGGCGGAACGCAGCCCCCCAAGGCGGAGGGGGAGGGGUCGGGGGGAGCUGCGGUGGGGGCGGACGGGAAGGGCAGAGAUGGGACGAUCGGCUGCAGAGUCCCAUCGAAGGCUGAAAAUACGAGAGGAGGAGCUGUUGAGAACGCAUAUUCCACUUCCCCUCCGCUCCCCCUCGGCAAUGGAGGCGGCGGCGGAGGAGGAUGCUGGGGACCACAAGGCGAGGAGGGGGGGGUCUGUUCUAGCAAGCACUCAUACCCCACUUCCCCUCUCCUUUCCUCCUCAUCUCUCCCCUUCCCCCCAUGCAGCAAGAAGGAGCGAGCUGAGCCGGCAAUGGAGGCGUUGGAGGAGGACGAGGGCGGGCACAAGGCGAGGAGGGAUGGGGGUUUGACUAACCACGACUCCCACUUUUUCCCUCCACCCCACUGCCCAUCUGCACGCUUUCAGCAAGAAGGAGCGCUGAGUGGUAGUUCCCACCCUGCCCACCCUGCCCACUCUGCCCUGUCCACCCCUGCUGGCUCUCUAACCUACCUCCCACCCUCCCCUGUCUACCCCUGCUGGCUCCCUAACCUACCUGUUUCCUCCCUCGUCACCCCUUCCUUCUUUCUUCCACCCCUCCUCCCCUGCGUGAUCUUUGCAUCAGACGAUUUCCUUGAGCUCACAGAGUAUUCCAGAGAGGAGAUUUUGGGGCGCAACUGCAGGUUCCUGCAAGGCCCCGACACGGAUCCCAAGACGGUGCAGAGGAUUCGAGAUGCCAUCAAGAAGGAGGAGGAUAUCACGGUGCAGCUGCUGAAUUAUACCAAGUCAGGCAAGCAGUUCUGGAAUCUCUUUCAUCUGCAGGCUGUCCGUGACAACAAGGGCAUGCUGCAGUACUUCAUCGGAGUGCAGCUGGACGCCUCUCAGUACGUCGAUCCUUCAAUCCACGGGCUCCAGGAGAAGCUGGCAACGGAGGGAGAGAAGAUUGUGCUGGAAGCAGCUAACAAUGUGGAGGGCGCAGUCAGAGAGCUCGCCGACCCUGGUGCUGCCGCUGGGGACCUGUGGGCCGUGCACACAGCACCAGUGGCAAUCAAGCCGCACAAAACUGGUGACCCGGCGUGGCAGGCCAUUCAGGAGGUGAUCAAGAAGGACGGCAAACUAAGCCUGAAGCACUUCCGACCAAUCAAGCCCCUGGGCGCUGGAGACACGGGCAGCGUGCACCUUGUUGAACUGAGGGACACGACCCGUCUGUUCGCAAUGAAGGCGAUGUACAAGGAGGUGAUGGUGAAUCGCAACAAGGUGCACCGCGCCUGCACCGAGCGGGACAUCCUGGGGCGCAUCGACUUCCCCUUCCUGCCCACGCUCUACGCCUCCUUCCAGACCGCCACGCACGUGUGUCUGAUCACGGAGUUCUGCGCCGGUGGUGAGCUGUACGGCAUUCUGGAGAAGCAGAAGGGCAAGCGCCUGCCCGAGGCUGCUGCACGCUUCUUUGUGGCGGAGGUGCUGCUGGCGCUUGAGUACCUGCACUGCCAUGGAGUUGUCUACCGCGACUUGAAGCCGGAGAACGUGUUGGUGCAGGAGUCAGGCCAUGCCAUGCUCACUGAUUUCGAUCUCUCCUUCAGCACCGAGUGCAAACCCAAGCUGGAGUUCCCACCCGUCCCGCCUGACUUUGAGAAGCGCAAGAAGAAGGCGGCCCAAGUGGGAUGCGGAGGCGCCACCAAGGGUCCGUCCCCUUCAGAGCUGGAGCUGGAGCUGCUGCCCAUACUUGUGGCCGAGCCAGAGGCAACGAGCAACAGCUUUGUGGGCACGGAGGAGUACAUUGCUCCAGAGAUCAUCAGCGGUACCGGCCACAGCAGCCCCGUCGACUGGUGGACGUUUGGAAUCUUCCUGUACGAGCUGCUGUACGGUCGCAGCCCCUUCCGCGGGCGCAACCGCCAGCGCACCUUCACCAACGUGCUCACCAAGGACCUCGCCUUCCCGGCUAACCCUCCGGUGUCGGACGAGGCCAAGGACCUGAUGCGCAAGCUGCUGCAGAGGGACCCGGCGGACCGCCUGGGGGCGAAGCACGGUGCCAUUGAGAUCCGAGCCCACCCCUUCUUCAAAUCCAUUGAGUGGCCGCUCAUUCGCAACAUGAAGCCGCCGCAGCUGGAUGUGCCAGUGAAGGCGAUUUCGGCAGAGGCAGAGGAGGGAAGGCCGUCGACAGCAGAGGAGGAAAUGGACUGGGAUGAGAAUGAGGCCAGGCCGUCCACUUCACUUGACUACGGCUACUGA